GUUCUUUUGUGCUAUUUCAUGUCCUCAGAAAUGUGAAUAUAAACCCUUGAAAUACUGAAUAUUAACAGUUUUAGUUUGUCCUCUUCACUGCAAUGAAGUAUCACUUAUAUUUAUUACGAGGCAUUUUAUGUUUAACACUGCUGCUUUUGAAUACUGAAGGAUUAAGAUAUAAACAGAGUGACUCUUCUGAGCUGUAUGAAAAUGAGAAUGAUGUUCGUGGUGACGAAAGUGAAGAUGAUGAGGGUUUAUUUAAUAAGGAGGACGAAUAUGUAACUUUACAACAAAAUGAUACGAAAGGUGAACUUCAUAACCAUCAGGGUCUAGCUAGAUGGGGUGAAGGGAAUCCUUAUCAAGUGGAUUUUGUAACAACUACACAAGGGAGUGAACAAGACCAAGACAAACUCACUAUCAUAGGAACUUCUGAUGGCGAAGAAAACGAAGAAGAAAAAAUUACAGAUAGUGAAACAGAGGCAUUUGAGAGUGAAGAACCGGAUUCAGAGAAAAAUAAAGUCGACGAAGAUGCAGAAAACCAUCAUCAUGACGGCCUGGUCAGUUGGGGAAGUUCUGGUGAAAGUGAAGAAGAUGAAGCCUCUGUGACAGAUAGACUUCUUGAUGACUAUCCACAAAUAAGUGAUGAUAACAGUACACCUGAGUACGAAAGUGAAUCACCGUCUGUAAACGUCACAGUCAAUAAACAGUCAAUUGAAUCAUCCCCAAAUAUGACAACUGUAUCAACAUCAACUCAUAAUGACAAUCAUCAUCACCAUCACCAUGAUAACCAUCAACAUGAAAACCAAUCACAUCACUAUGAAAACAAUGACGAAGAUGAUAACAGCGAUAAUUUAUCUGACAAACACCAUAUUGACCAUUUAGUUGACCCAUUAUUAUCAGAUCUGUAUUUAGGAAACAAUCAUUCAACAGUUCCACUUCAGAUAGAUAAUGAAACUGAUGUAUCAAAAAUUGAGUCAGCCUGUAGAAAAUGUAUUAAAUGGCAGCAAUUGCAUUCGACUCUUCCAUGUAUAUUAUAUCCAUUGAAUUUCAAUAUACCAGAACAAGUCAACCAAACAAAACUGGUUUAUAUACAUGUUAUGAGAAAAGUAGUUGCUCAAAUAAACAACAGCCUGAAUGAACUGUUACUAGACCUGGAGCUGUGAUCAAUGUCCUACGUCUAAACAUGAUUCAAAUAUUUCUGAUCAGUGAACAGUAUUAAUAUUCUCUGUGUACUUUUUCUAGAGUAAACUUUAAUUUAAUUAAUUAUACUUGUCUAUUUAAUAUACAAAAUAUAAGUAGUAUAAAUUUAAACAAUA